CCCCCCCCACACACACACGCACACACACACACACACACACACACACACACACACACACACACACACACACACACACACACACACUCUACAAUAUAUAAAUAACAUCAAUCAAUCAUUUUCAUUUUGCAAUAAAGAAAUAUCCAUUUAUUGGACAUUCAUUUAUGGAGAAUUAGGCCCAAUAAAAUUAAAUAACAUCUUAAAUGUGUUUUUAAAAACUGUUAACGCUUUCCAUUUUGCAGCACAUACACCAAAACACACCAACACUAAUAUAAACGCACACACUUAAAGGGGAAUUUGUGCGUGUUCCUGGAUUGGGGACGGAGCUUCGUCUUGGCAGAGGAUGUUGUUAGCUGUAUACAGCCAUAAAAGACAAUUACCGCUAUAACCUUUUAUGGGGUGCAAAGCGCUGCGAGGCGAGAGGACACAAAACAAAAAAAGACAUCGAGGUCUUCGACAGCUGAAGCCCGAAAUAAUGCAGCCGAUGUGUUGCUGUUCAGCUCAGAUAUGACAAGGACGCUCAGCAAAAAGCUCCAUCAUUAGCACAUGUCGACAUAACCAAUCUACAACACUACAAUUAUGAAAUAUAACAACUCAGAGGAUUUAAAAGGCAGCUUGGCCUCAAAAUACCAAAGGUUUUAGAGAAGAGUUCUACCUUUAAAACAGGACGUUUGCAAGGCCGGUUCAAGUCUCUGCAUGUUGGAAAAAAUAUUUGGCACAAGGACAUAGCAAAUACGAGAAGCAACAAAUCACAUUUCAGCUAGCUGCAGAGCUUUACAUCUGAUGCUCGAUCAGCAUGCUUCUGUCAUACACCAGGUUGUUAAGUUCUCUUAAACACAAAACAUCUACUGGGAGAUUACUGUAGUUAGAGGGUAAAUAGGAUUUUAGUCAAACUAACUGGAGUGCUGUUGUGACGCGCGUUAGGGGACGCAGAUGGACCCAAACUUCAAAGACUCGAGCAGAGACAGUGCAAUAAAACGCCUGGUCUGCUACACUGUCUGGCAUUCCAGUUGUAAUGGCUUUAUGGCCGUCCAGACACAAUUAGGCCGUUUCCAGAAUGGCACCCAUUUGUUUUUUCUUCUCUUUACGUGGGACUGCACCCUGGACAAAAGGCCGAGCGGAAAUGAUCAGCUUUAUUGGACUCUCCCCGACGGGGACGUUCAGGACUCAUGGUUAUUUGGAGAGAUCCUUUGUUUCUACCUGGGAACCUUCCGCCCUCUGCUCCUUAGCUUGGCCCUUCCUAAAGGAGAAAGAGCCAUAAAGCCAGCAGCUAGCUCCAAACACAGACAGGCCUACUGCUUAUUCAAAAAUACAUCUGGACAUUUCUGUUAAAUCGGUACUUUGGAUAAAAUCACAACCGAGGAAAUAUACUGCUACAUUUUUAGAUAUGUCUCUCUCCCUUUUUAUCUUGUAUUUAAUCCUUGAUUGCAGCAGAAAAACACAACGCCUGCGCACAUGAUGCCUCUCCACCUUGCAGUCCCCACAAGUCCCCAGAUGGUGGCGACACUGUUCCACAACAUCACCCCACCAUUGUUAACACUCCUCCCAAUGAACCUGCACUGGGAAACAAACUGUAGUAACAUUUUUUAAGAGACCACGCAAAUAAUUUCACACCUUUUUACAAUCUCAGUGCAGAAACUGUUUCUCCAGCCUAUGGCUCAGCAGAGAAGAAGCAUGCCCUGCAGAUAGGACGCUUUCUGUUCAAUGUUUCUAUUUCUUUAAGGGUUCGACGGCUUAAUUGACGCAAAUAAUUUCAAACUGAACUUGUAAUAGUAGAAAUAGUAAAGCAAUAGUUAGAUGAAAUAUAACAUGAAUAAGUAUUUGUAAUGUCCUAAAAUAUAUAAGGGGUUUACCAUUUUAAUUAUGAACACAUAAUAACGCAAUCAGUUUUCCAUGUCGAUCAAUAUUUUACCUUAAAAUAUUUGGAAAAUUCAGGGUAUAUUAUCCAUUAUUAUUUUUCAAAUUUGAAUAGUUAUUUUUAAUUGUUACUAUAACCAUUUGCUUUCUUGUAACUCUGCGUAUUUAUUAAAGACAUGCUUUAUGCCAAUUUAUUGAGAUAACAUUGUUAAGCCGUUAAAAAUAAAGCAAAUUUGGAGGAUGAAUUAGGUGUUAUUAUUAUUAUUAUUAUUAUUAUUAUUAUUAUUAUAAUAAAAUAUUAUGUAUAAUGUUUCUAAAUUCUCAACUAAGAAAAUCUCGAAGCAUAUUUUGGAAGAAAGUAUUCAACACUAUCUUGUUUAAACUUAAAAAUAGAAACUUGCAUUGUGCAUUAUUUCUCUACCGAUAUUUUUUACAUAAAUGAUAUAAUCAAAAUAUUUUAGCAAGUGACUGUAGGCCAAUUUAUAAUUUAGAAGAGUAACAAUGAAAAUCACCUUCUGUCGGAAUUGUUAUAUUUUUAGUUCGAAUAUCAAACUAUAUUAUAUCCAGCUAUUAUGUAUUGUUUAUUAGUGUAUAUGAACGAGUGUGUGUCGAUUAUUACCUUCAAGAAGGCACAAUGUAUUCCACGAUGGUAAACACAAAUAAAAGAAUACAUCUUUUAAAUAGAUGAUUAUUUGUAGUGCACUACGAAAUAUGACAAAAGCCCAUGACCUUAUACAACCUAAAUUACCUCUAGAUCAGUGGGAUUGUGAGAAUUUCUCUCGUGUGUAAUUACAUGUAUGUGUUUGUGUGUGAAGUGUUAAUCCCACUCUGCAGUCCUGCACCAUAAUGAAACCCCUGUAUGCAUGCUGAUUGGAUGAGAGCUGCCAGGCCUGCGCCACGUGGAUGAGUUCUUUGGUCCAGAGUAAAAAUGGGGUUUGGUGUAAAUCUAGGCUGUAUUGCUGUCAUAUAUCACGCUACCUCGUAAAAACGACACUGAGGAUUCUGGGCCAACAAAUCAGAGAGAAAAAAUAUGAGUUCUUAUUAUGUGGAUGGUCUUCUUAGUAAAUAUACGACGGCUACUUCUCUCUUCCCAAACGUGGAGCGGGCUUCUUGCAGUAUUGGACCCAGUGGAGAGGACUAUGGCUCGGCUCACACAGCUGCGGCCAUCGCCUUUGCACCGUCUCUGUCCGGAGUUUACAGCGUCAGCAAUGCAGUGUACCAGAGUCGCCCCGUGUUUACUUCGGGAUAUGGCCGGGGGCAGGACGCACACCCACUGCACUGCAGCCUGUUUGACCAGAGCCGCCUGUUCACCGACAGCUGCUGCCACCCGGAGCCGGGACCCCUCACCUCGCCGCCGGACAAACAAUACCGGAUGUACCCCUGGAUGAGAGGAUCAGAUCCGAACAGAAAGCGGGGACGGCAGACUUACUCCCGGUACCAGACGCUGGAGCUGGAGAAGGAGUUCCACUUUAACCGGUACCUGACCCGCAGGAGGAGGGUCGAGGUAGCCCAUGCCCUCUGCCUCACAGAGAGGCAAAUCAAAAUUUGGUUUCAGAACCGCAGGAUGAAGUGGAAGAAGGACAAUAAGGGGGGGCCGGUGCCGGCCCCCGGGGAAAAGGACGAUGGUAUCCAGGCGGUUCCAGAGGCCGGAGAGCCCGAAGCUGGUGAAACCCGGAGCCCCGGUUUGGAGUCAGAAACGGCUGCAAAGUAACAAAAGACAUGCACGGACAGAGGAUUAAAUGGAAGAACCACAACAUUAGAAUGCGUAAGGGAUAUAUCCCAAAUGUUUACCAUGCCAUUCAUGCACUCAGAGCUCUGUAUGCUGAUUAAUUACACGACAGCUGAAGGCAAUAAUGUAAUAUACAUUUAACAGUAGGCUGUAUGCCACUAUUUCAAACCCAAAAUACAUAAUAAGGCUCCGCAUGAAAUACCGAUAUGAACUGCCUAUCCAAAUGAUAUAUUUUUUAAAAAUAUGCAAGAAAAUGUAACCUGAUUAUCUACUGAAUUAACAUUCCUUAACGAAAGACUACCUAUUUUAUGUUUCACAUUUUCUUGCUCGCAUUAAAAAACCGACACAAUGAAUUCAGCGCAAUUUGAAAUUGAUUGUAAAAUAAACGAAUCUACCUAUUCGAGUAUUUUUCUCCACAGACUAUUGCAACUUUUAUGAAACAAGUAGGCUAUUAUUUUUGCGCAUAUGUGCCUUAUUUUGAGUAGGCGAAUUACAAAUAAAUGUCUUGUUAGUUAAAUGCAUCCAACUGUGAUUUAGAUGGUUCUGUAUAUUUCAGUAACUGUUACUUUUUAGUGUUAUUUUUUAAAUAUAACUCACUUAGAAUGUAAAUGUGCCUGUUUUCGACACCUGGCUACUAUUUGCCCCUCAUACAUCCCAUAACUGUGUUUGUUUUGAUAUGACCUUCAUAUGUAACCUACCUCAGAUUCCAGGAAAGUCAGCUAUAGCUUAUUAUUGCAACACCCUCACGUGAACGUUUGAAGUCUUAUCCAUGCAAUUAUAAAACUAUUCUUGCCUUUUUCAUUAAGAAAUAUGUUCAGGUUAAAUGACUGAUAGCUACGUGUCUGUGAAUGCUAAAACAAAAAUAAACGCAUGCACUUUUAUUUUAACAGCAGUACAUUUUAGCAGCCUAUAAAGGCAUUUAUUUUUGUUCGUGUACAACAAGUAAACUCAAAAUGUGCAAAAACUGUGAUGUAUACAUAUUUAGUGCCAACGUUUAGUUGUAGCCUAUAAGUAACAUGUAAACCAAUAAAUAUUAAAAAACCGUAUA